GAUCUAUAGGCUGAAGGCCAGAAGCGCUUUGUUUUUCUUGUAAAACAUCAGGAUGGCAUAAAUCAUUUACGUCCGUGAACAGACACCGUGCCGGCUGCCAGAGUUUACCCUGUGACCCCCCCUCAGAUCAGCCCGGUCAGUAAACCUGAUGAACGCACGUGAGGGGCAGUCUGCCGAAAAUGCUGCAGAGCAAACCUGGGCUGAAGUGGGAGGUUUACCAGAAUCUUUGACUAUGCUGUAUGUGUAAUUAUCAACCACAGAUAUGUGUCAAUCUACAAAGUCAAGAUUGUAAAUUUUGUUUGUUGUUGUUUAGAAAAUGCUAUAAUUCAUAAGGUAAGGACAUUUGGUAACACUUCUCCUUGUCAUACAAAUAAUGAAGCCUAAAGUGCUAUAAAAUAAAGAGAAUCAAGAAAAACAACUGCAACUGCUGCAACUUUGUUUCUGCCUUCCAUCUUCCCGCUGUCCUGAGUCCACUGUCCAUUGAAGCAGAAUUGCCACAGAAAUAAAGUAACAGGACAAAACAGCGUGGUUAGUUACAUGCUAGUUUUGUAGGUAACGUUUUUUAGAUAGUUUUGUCAUAUUUAGUGUUGGGACUGGAGGCUAGUUGUUGUGCUUAGGCUGGUGUCCUUCCAGAUAAGAUUCCAAAGGAAGAACGAAAAGACAGAUUCUUCUUCACUUUCUCUCUUCCUCCUCCUCCCAAGACAUAGCUGUCUCCAUCCACGUUUUUUCUCUGUGGUUUUGUUCUACUGCAGAUAAGUAGCUUCUGUUUUGGAGAAUCAACAGCUGUGGCUUCUAUCAGCAGACUCACAGGCCUGCGAGAAAUGAUAGAGUUUGGCCUUGUGAGAGAGUCUGACUUUUACACCGACAGUGAUUUCUAAAGAAGGACAACUGGUGACUGACAUGGGCGAAUGGGAUCUGCUGGGCCGCUUGUUGGAUAAAGUGCAGAGCCACUCCACCGUGAUCGGGAAGGUCUGGCUGACCGUGCUGUUUGUGUUCCGCAUCCUGGUCCUGCACACCGGCGCUGAGAAGGUAUGGGGCGAUGAGCAAUCUGACUUUGUCUGCAACACUCAGCAGCCUGGCUGUGAGAAUGUCUGCUACGACAAAGCCUUCCCCAUCUCUCACGUUCGCUUUUGGGCCCUCCAGAUUAUUGCUAUAGCAACUCCGAAGCUUCUAUAUCUCGGUCACGUACUUCAUGUGAUCCACACUGAGAAGAAGGUGAAGGAGAGGAUGAAGAAGCAUGCUGAUUUGGAUGACCAGGCCACUCUGUUCCUUAGGAGGGCCUACAAAGUUCCCAAGUACACCAAGAGCACUGGCAAGAUCAGCAUCCGUGGCAGUGUCCUUCGCAGUUAUGUCCUCCAUCUUCUGGCCAAGAUUAUCCUGGAGGUUUUGUUCAUCGGGGGUCAGUACUUUCUUUACGGUUUCACACUCCAGCCUCGUUAUGUCUGCACUAGCUCACCUUGCCCUCACAAAGUGGACUGCUUCCUGUCCAGGCCCACAGAGAAGUCAGUCAUCAUCUGGUUCAUGCUGGUGGCAGCAAUUGUCUCCCUCAUCCUCAGCCUGGUGGAGCUGUUAUACCUGUGUUCGAAAGCUGUGAAGGAGUGCAUGACGAGGAGGCAGGAUUACACAGUGACCCCGGUAACACCUCCACUUUUGGGAAGGAAAGCUUUUAAAAACCGUGACGAGAUGAUCCAAAAUUCUGUGAACCUGGAGCUGGAGCUCCAAGGAAGAAAAUUGGGGUCGAACGGGGUCACAGUCGGGGUCAAGGAGGCUGCUAAGAAUAUACCACCUGAGAACAACAACAUAGGGGAGGUCCACAUCUGAAGCAUUGAGGCUGUGAUAGGUUGACCGGUCAAAUUCCCGAGUUCCAGUAUUUGUGUGCUUUGGCUUUGGGGUGGAAAGGGUGUGUGUGUGCAGUAAAUAAAGAUGGUGGGUGGGGGGGUAGCCAGCUUUGGUAAACAUAACUCAGUCACAUGCUAAAAAAGUAGUUAAAGUGACUUAAAGUGACUUUUGUGACAUAAUAAAAAAAUAACAAACAUUUUUUCUUGCAGGUGACAGAGCUGUCAUUUUAAAACACUGUACAUUUUUUUGAUAGAUUUUGCUAAGAGUACUUCUUUGGAAUGAUUUAAGACU